CAGAGGGAUGGAUAGAUGAGGGGUCUGUGUGGCUUACUAAUAGCUGUCAAGUGCACAAAGCGUUAACCCCCAGUCCCUCCCCAGUUCCUGUGAAGCAGCAGUCGUGGAGCUGGCAGCAGGGACCGCACGGAGGAUCUAUCUGAGUACCAUGUACUCCUACGUGCUGCUGCUCCUACUCCUCUUCCUGGCACCAUCCCUGCAGAAGAACCGGGACUUCUACACCUUCAAGGUGGUGAAUAUCAGGGGCAAACUGGUGUCUCUGGAGAAGUACAGGGGGUCGGUGUCAUUGGUUGUGAAUUUGGCUAGUCAAUGUGGCUACACGGAUGACCACUACAAGGCGUUACAGAAGCUGCAGCGGGAGCUGGGAUCUUACCACUUCAACGUUUUGGGCUUCCCUUGUAACCAAUUUGGGCAUCAGGAGCCAAACAGCGAACGCGAGAUUGAUUCUUUUGUCAAAACGACUUAUAAUGUUACCUUCCCCAUGUUCAGCAAGAUAGCGGUGACUGGUAUGGGAGCCAAUGCUGCCUACAAAUAUUUAACAGAAUCCCUUGGUAAAGAGCCCGACUGGAACUUCUGGAAGUUUCUUGUUGGACCUGAUGGAAAAGUGGUGAAUGCGUGGGGUCCUACCGUGUCCGUGGAAGAGGUGAAACCUCAUGUUACGGAGCUGGUGAGGAAAUUGAUCUUGAAGAAGAAAGAGGAACUCUGAUGACCAGACUAUGAUAGCUCAGCGAAUGGGACAGGGUUAUAGUUAUUAAUCAGACCAUCUGAUUAAAGAGGGGCUGUCACAAAUCCUGACAUGUCUGUGUUAGUAACUGCUCCCCCCCUGUGUAAUGACAAUUCUGG